UUAGGAGUAGGGCCCCCACAUUUUGAGCUGUGGGGUAGGCUGGGCGUAGAGGACCAGCUAGCUGCUCUGCUGGAGAGCACAUUAGGGGCCAUGGGCGCAGGUGCUGGGUGGGGAGAAUGGGGGGAUGCAGCCCAGAGCCCCUCGGGGAAGGCUGUGGCUCACUGGAGCCCGCUUCCUGGAGCCGGGCCACCCCGGGGGAGGGGUGUUUGCCCGUUGCCAGGCGCCCGGGUUCCAGGCUGACAGCGGCCAUGCCCCUCACAUUGUCCUUCCUGCUCUGCCUGCUGCUGGCCAUGCCCGCCCCCUCCCGCCCCUGGGCUCGGCCCCUGUGGUACCAGGUGGGGCUGGACUUACAGCCCUGGGGGUGCCAGCCAGAGAUCCCGGAGGGCUGCAGGGGCAGCCUGGGCUGCCUCAGCCACUGGGUGAGCCUGGGGGUGAACUACGUCUACCCUGUGGCUCUGGCCACCCUCGCGGCUGCCCUGGUGCUGGCGAUCGGGCAGCUCCUGCAGAGGCGCUUGCGGGCUGUGGCCAAGGCCGAGAGUCCUUCAGUGACCGUGGAUCCCGCUGGACCUUGGAAACGGCGAACCCCGAUCUGUUCAGACCGCACCGUACUCCACAGGGCCCUUCAUAUGCUAGAUGCCCUCCUGCUCCAAAUUGAGGGCCACCUGCGGCAUCAAGCCAGCCAGCAAAGGCCCCAAAUAAAGGGGACCCCUCCCCAGAGCGGGUGACCCAACCAACGCCUCUCUCUGCCUGGUGGCCAGUCGGGGUAGGGAUGGCCUGAGGCUCUGGGCCUUCUCUGCUUAUAGAGCCAGCAGGCCUGGUGAGGCCUCGGCGCCCAGGCCACAGGCUGGCUCAGGCUGCUCCGCGGCCCCCACCAACUGAUCCCUCCUCCCCAAGUUCCCACCCACAAAUACAGCUGCUGCCCUGGGGCUCCUCAGGGCCCCCAGUGUAGUGGGAGGAGAUGGACCCUCAGGGCAGACGUGGGUGGUCCAGGUUGGGCCCCCCAAGGAGGAAAAGGGCCUUCACCCCUUCCCCACCUCCCUUCUGUCAUAGCUGGUCCAGCUUGAGUGGGUGCUGAGACGUGCAUUUCUAUAAUCUCUGUUUUAGGAAAAGUGUAACAUUAUGAGUUCAAAAAUAGAAAAGUGAAUUCGAAUAAUGAGAGAAGGAAUCACGAGAGAUCACAAAUGACACUGUCAGGAAGCGGGUCGCUGUGCCGCAGAAUCCGGAACGACACCUUUCUGGUGCU